UAAAUUUUAUAUUUUUUAGACAAAUUAAUUAUUUGUCAAUGCACCAGGGGAUACUCACAGCGUUUAAAACUAUUUUGAACAUUCCAUUUCGAUCGUUUAUCACCUCAAUAACAAUGGCACAGAGUAAAUUUGAAUAUACAAAACAAUUUGAAAGUGAACGUAUGUGUUUACCAAAUUGUUGGAUUGUUAUUAGAAUUGACGGAUGGAACUUUACUAAAUUUUGUGAUACACAUAAGUUUAGUAAGCCCAACGAUCUCAGAGCUCUAGGAUUGAUGAAUGCUGCUGCAUCAGCAGUUAUGAAGGAAUUUAAAGAAAUUGUUCUAGCUUUUGGACAGAGUGAUGAAUAUUCUUUUGUUUUCAAAAAAGAAACAGAAUCGUUCAAUAGAAGGGAAACCAAGUUGUUAACUUAUGUAAAUUCAUUAUUCUCAUCAGCUUAUGUUUUUAAUUGGUCUAAAUACUUUGAAGAUGUUCCAUUACAAUAUCCUCCUGCAUUUGAUGGGAGAGUAGUUUUAUAUCCGUCAGAUAAAAAUAUUAGAGAUUAUUUGUCUUGGCGACAAGCUGAUGUUCAUAUUAAUAACUUAUAUAAUACCUGCUUCUGGAGUCUUGUUCAAAAGCAAAAUAAGACGACGAAAGAGGCACAAGAAAUUCUACGAGGAACUCUAUCAGCUUUUAAAAAUGAAUUACUAUUUUCAACUUUUGGAAUAAACUAUAAUAAUGAGCCACAAAUAUUUAGAAAAGGCACCACACUCAUAAGAAAAUAUGUACCAGAUGAAGGAUCCAAGGUGAAAUGUAUAAUAACUCCUAUUUAUGAUGAUAUUAUUGGUGAUAAGUUUUGGGAAGAGCAUCCUGAGAUUUUAGAAUCAAAAAAAUUCAAGAAGAUAAAUGAUAAAAUUUGUAAGGAAAAAAAGAAAAUAAAUCAAUGAUACAGAUUUACUAAAUAGCUAAAUAAUUAAAUAAA